UAGAACGCACGCGCCGGUUUGACUCCCUAGUCACGUGCAGAGGUUGAAGAUGGCGGCGGCUCAGGUGGAAGAAAUGCGGACCCGCGUGGUUCUGGGGGAAUUCGGGGUUCGCAAUGUGCAUACCACCGACUUUCCCGGUAACUAUUCAGGCUAUGAUGAUGCCUGGGACCAGGACCGCUUCGAGAAGAAUUUUCGUGUGGACGUGGUACACAUGGAUGAAAACUCAUUGGAGUUCGACAUGGUGGGAAUUGACGCAGCCAUUGCGAAUGCUUUUCGGCGCAUUCUGUUAGCCGAGGUACCAACUAUGGCUGUGGAAAAGGUCCUGGUGUACAACAACACAUCUAUUGUCCAGGACGAGAUCCUCGCUCAUCGCUUGGGGCUUAUUCCCAUUCAUGCUGAUCCCCGUCUUUUUGAGUAUCGGAACCAAGGAGAUGAAGAAGGCACAGAGAUAGAUACUCUACAGUUUCGGCUGCAAGUCAGAUGCACUCGGAACCCCCAGGCUGCUAAAGAUUCCUCUGACCCCAAUGAACUCUACGUGAACCACAAAGUAUACACCAGGCACAUGACAUGGGUCCCCCUGGGGAACCAGGCUGACCUCUUCCCAGAGGGCACUAUCCGACCAGUGCACGACGAUAUCCUCAUUGCUCAGCUGCGGCCUGGCCAGGAAAUUGACCUACUUAUGCAUUGUGUCAAGGGAAUUGGCAAAGACCACGCCAAAUUUUCACCUGUGGCAACAGCCAGUUACAGGCUUCUCCCAGAUAUCACCCUGCUUGAGCCUGUGGAAGGAGAAGCAGCUGAGGAACUUAGCCGGUGUUUCUCACCUGGUGUUAUUGAGGUGCAGGAAGUUCAAGGUAAGAAGAUGGCCAGAGUUGUCAAUCCCCGGCUAGAUACCUUCAGCAGGGAAGUCUUCCGACACGAGAAGCUAAAGAAGGCUGUACGGCUUGCUCGGGUUCGGGACCAUUACAUCUUCUCUGUCGAGUCAACCGGGGUGUUGCCACCCGACGUGCUGGUGAGCGAAGCCAUCAAGGUGCUGAUGGGGAAGUGCCGGCGGUUCUUGGAUGAGCUAGAUGCUGUUCAGAUGGACUGAGGUUUGCACUGGAACUUGUUGGCAUCCUGCGCUCUGAUGCAACUGAGGCAAGCUGAAGAUUCUGGGUUCUUGCCUCUCCACACGAUUGCUUUACUAUUGAGGGACCAGUGUGACUAGGGUUCCGUCCUGAGUUUUCUGGACAAUUCCAGCUUUAUUUUCAGUCAAUACAUUUUGUUAAAUGUGUUACAAAAUUACUUUCAUGCCUUUGUAUGUAAGGCUUUAAUGUAAAUAAAUUCACAUCCAA